UGUUCGGCGCUGCCGUCCCCGUGCUCUCAUUUUCUGCUCUCAUCUUCUGGAAAAAAAAAGAAAGAAAUAAAGAGAGAGAGACAGAGAGGGAGAGGAAAAAUGGCGUUCGAAAAGAUCAAGGUCGCGAAUCCGAUCGUUGAGAUGGAUGGGGAUGAGAUGACCCGAGUCUUUUGGAAAUCAAUUAAAGAUAAGCUUAUUUUUCCCUUCUUGGAUUUGGAUAUAAAGUACUUUGACCUUGGCCUUCCUCAUCGUGAUGCCACCGAAGAUAAAGUUACAGUAGAAAGUGCGGAAGCUACUCUUAAGUAUAAUGUAGCAAUCAAAUGUGCAACAAUAACUCCAGAUGAAGCUCGGAUGGAGGAAUUCAAACUGAAAUCCAUGUGGAAAAGUCCUAAUGGAACAAUCAGAAACAUCUUGAAUGGUACUGUAUUUAGAGAGCCUAUUAUCUGUAAAAACGUCCCCCGGCUUGUACCAGGAUGGACAAAGCCCAUAUGCAUUGGAAGGCAUGCAUUUGGCGAUCAGUACAGAGCAACUGAUUUAGUUGUCAAAGGACCUGGCAAGCUCAAAUUAGUAUUUGAGGGAAAAGAAGAGGAGGUACAAUUAGAGGUUUUCAACUUCACCGGUGCCGGAGGUGUAGCCUUAUCAAUGUACAACACAGACGAGUCUAUCCGUGCCUUUGCUGAGGCUUCGAUGAAUACUGCCUACGAGAAGAAGUGGCCUCUUUAUUUGAGCACAAAAAAUACGAUUCUGAAGAAAUAUGACGGAAGGUUCAAGGACAUAUUCCAGGAAGUUUAUGAAGCUGGAUGGAAAUCCAAGUUUGAGGAUGCUGGAAUAUGGUAUGAACAUCGUCUCAUUGAUGAUAUGGUUGCAUAUGCACUUAAAAGUGAAGGUGGCUACGUAUGGGCUUGCAAGAACUAUGACGGAGAUGUCCAGAGUGAUUUCUUAGCUCAAGGUUUUGGAUCUCUAGGCUUGAUGACGUCAGUACUGGUUUGUCCUGAUGGAAAAACAAUUGAAGCUGAAGCAGCUCAUGGAACAGUAACCCGACACUACAGGGUCCACCAAAAAGGAGGCGAAACUAGUACGAAUAGCAUAGCUUCAAUCUUUGCAUGGUCUCGAGGGCUUGCACACAGAGCCAAGCUAGAUGACAAUGCUAGAUUGCUUGAUUUCACUCAAAAACUUGAAGCUUCUUGCAUUGGAACUGUGGAGUCUGGGAAGAUGACCAAAGAUCUUGCCCUCCUCAUUCAUGGAUCCAAGGUGACCCGUGAUCAGUAUCUGAAUACUGAGGAGUUCAUUGAUGCUGUUGCCGCAGAGCUUAGAGCAAGACUCUGAGCAAAGAGGUGUGAGCGGCAUUAGGAUGUGAUGAAGAGGCAUUUUUACUAAAAUAAGAAAAGUUUUUCCCUUUGCCAUCAUUGUUUGAGGUGAACUCAAAUAUUUUAAAGAAUUUUGUACUUGUGCGAAUGCAAGUUGAGAACACUUUUCAUUUUCAUCUAUUGAGACCUGUAGCAUUGGGUUCUUGUGGUACUUUGUGUAUGCCAUUUGAUCAAUGAUUUUUCUUGGAUGAAGUUUGCUGCCUA